AUAUGAGGCUUUCAAACAUCUUGGUUGGUCCUGAUAAUUCAAUAAAGAUAAUAGAUUUUGAUUGGUGUGGCAAGAUAAGGGAAGUUGUCUAUCCACCCCUCCUGAAUCAAGAGAUUGAUGUAUGGCAUCCUGAUGUAAAUGUUGGAGAGAAAAUCCUACUAGACCAUGAUUUGUACAUGCUAAAUACAGAAUUAAAAAAAGUAUGA